AUGUCAAGUGCAAGUGGAAGCUCCAACACCCAUGGCUCUGUUCGAACAAGGUACUGCGAUUGUGGUGUCGAGUCGAAGCUGGCUACAUGUUGGGUGGGUGAUAAUGCUGGGCGUCGAUUCUAUGGUUGUGGAAAAUAUCAUGUUUAUGGGAGGAGGAUGUGCGGAUUUUUCCAGUGGGAUGAUGGGGAAGGCAAUGCACGUGAAAGGAAGGUUAUUUCAGGCCUAAUCCGCAAGAUUGAAGUGCAUAAGAAGAAUGAGAUGUAUUUGACUAGGUGUUGUGUAAUUGGGUGGGGACUUUGUGCAGCUUUGUUGCUUGUCAUUGUAAUGUUGUUGGUGAAAAUUUAUAGGACAAAGGCUAGGAAUGAAAGAGAAUGA